AACAAACACAAGCGAGACAAGAAGCUCGUGUCUGUUAGUAUAAACACAUUCAGAAUUCAUAAUUAACACUUCUCUGCAUUUUGAAGCCUUAUAAAAAAAAAAGAAAAAAAAAAGAAAAAAAUGGAAGUUUUGUUCCCAUCCAAUAAAGAAGAAGGAGCUCAAUUUAUAUUUGUUGUAAUCCAGUUUUAAGAAAGAGACACCAAGAAGAAGAAGAAGAAGAAGAAGAAAAGUUUCACUUUUUUGUGUUUUUAUCAGUUCAAUGGAAGAAAAUUCAAAGCAAUAUGCAGAAACAGCAAUUCCACAAGUGGAGGCAGAAACUGUUGAUUUGGAAGAAAGAGACCCAGAAAGCAAUUCUCUCACAAGGCCACUUCUCAAGAGAAACAGGACACUCUCUUCCAGUCCACUUGCUAUUGUUGGAACCAAAGUUUCCCACAUAGAGAGUUUGGAUUAUGAAAUCAACGAGAAUGAUCUGUUCAAGCAUGAUUGGAGAAGCAGAUCCAGAGCACAAGUUCUUCAAUAUGUAUUCUUGAAAUGGACACUGGCAUGUCUUGUUGGACUCCUAACUGGUAUAAUUGCCACUCUCAUCAACCUUGCUGUUGAGAAUAUUGCAGGAUACAAGCUUCUCGCUGUGGUUGCUUAUAUAGAACAAGAAAGGUACAUCACGGGGUUGAUCUAUUUCACGGCGGUCAAUUUUCUUCUGACGUCGGUCGCCGCCGUUCUCUGCGUGUUUUUCGCACCGACUGCCGCUGGGCCUGGUAUACCUGAGAUCAAGGCUUACCUGAAUGGAGUUGAUACUCCCGACAUGUUUGGUGCUACAACAUUGAUCGUCAAGAUUAUUGGAAGCAUUGGUGCUGUCUCCGCUGGCUUAGAUCUUGGAAAAGAAGGGCCCCUUGUGCACAUUGGCAGCUGCAUAGCUUCCUUACUAGGACAAGGGGGCCCAGAUAAUCAUCGGAUUAAAUGGCGAUGGCUUCGGUACUUUAACAAUGACCGUGACCGCAGGGAUCUCAUCACUUGUGGUGCUUCUUCUGGAGUUUGUGCAGCUUUCCGUGCCCCUGUUGGCGGUGUGCUCUUUGCUCUCGAGGAGGUGGCUACAUGGUGGAGAAGCGCCCUCCUAUGGAGAACUUUCUUCAGCACAGCGGUUGUGGUGGUGGUGCUCAGGGCCUUCAUUGAAAUAUGCAAUAAUGGACAGUGUGGGCUCUUUGGAAGAGGAGGGCUGAUCAUGUUUGAUGUAAGCAAUGUCUCUGUUAGGUACCGUGCAAUGGAUAUUAUCCCUGUUGUUUUGAUUGGUAUCAUUGGUGGACUUCUUGGAAGUCUUUACAACCACGUUCUCCACAAGGUCCUCAGGCUGUACAAUCUUAUCAAUCAGAAGGGAAAAAUCCACAAGCUCCUCCUCAGUCUCUUUGUAUCAAUCUUUACCUCCGUGUGCCUCUAUGGUCUCCCUUUCCUUGCCUCAUGUACACCCUGUGAUAACUCUCUUCCAGAUUCAGCUUGCCCCACCAAUGGACGAUCUGGCAACUAUAAGCAAUUCAACUGUCCCAAAGGAUACUACAAUGACUUAGCUACUCUACUUCUUACCACCAACGAUGACGCAGUUCGGAACAUCUUCUCGACCAACACUGCGGGUGAAUAUAACCCCGUCUCCCUCCUUAUCUUCUUUGCAAUCUAUUGCAUCUUAGGACUAAUUACCUUUGGGAUUGCCGUGCCAUCUGGGCUGUUUCUCCCCAUCAUUCUCAUGGGCUCAGCUUAUGGCCGCCUGCUUGGUUUGGCCAUGAAAUCUUAUACAAACAUCGACCAAGGGCUUUAUGCCGUUCUCGGUGCAGCCUCUCUGAUGGCUGGUUCAAUGAGGAUGACUGUUUCACUCUGCGUUAUAUUUCUUGAACUCACCAACAACCUUCUCUUACUACCCAUAACUAUGAUGGUCCUCUUAAUUGCCAAAACUGUGGGAGACAGUUUCAAUCCAAGCAUCUAUGAGAUUAUACUAGAGUUGAAAGGACUGCCUUUCUUGGAUGCAAAUCCAGAACCCUGGAUGAGGAAUCUCACAGUGGCUGAGCUUGCUGAUGCAAAGCCGCCAGUAGUAACGCUCCAUGGUGUCGAAAAGGUGUCUCGGGUUGUGGAAGUUCUUAAGAACACUACACACAAUGGUUUCCCUGUUGUAGAUGAUGGCGUGGUGCCUCCGGUUGGAUUGCCCAUUGAGGCAACGGAACUACAUGGACUAAUCCUCAGAACUCACCUCGUCCAAGUGCUGAAGAAGAAAUGGUUUCUGAGUGAGAAACGAAGAACAGAAGAAUGGGAAGUGAGAGAAAAAUUUACCUCGGUUGAUUUGGCUGAAAGAGAAGGAACAAUUGAAGAGGUGGUCGUAACAAGGGAUGAAAUGGACAUGUACAUAGAUCUGCAUCCACUGACAAACACAACACCUUAUACGGUUGUAGAGAGUAUGUCAGUGGCAAAAGCAAUGGUCCUCUUCAGAGCAGUGGGACUCCGCCACAUGCUCAUUGUACCAAAGUAUGAAGCAGCAGGGGUGCCUCCGAUAGUUGGAAUUUUGACAAGGCAGGACUUGCGGGCUCAUAACAUUUUGUCUGCUUUCCCUCAUCUGGCAAGAUCCAAGAGCAGAGAGAAGGGGCACUGAGCCUCUAAUAAGG